CAAGGCGAAGCCGCCCCCCGCCGCACACGAAGAUGGCGCCGCUCUUGGCGGCGGUGGAGCUGCCUCUCGAGCUGCCUCUGGCCGUGCUCGCCGCUCCGCACGCGGCCGGGAGCCCGCACGACCCGCCCACGCCGCACGUGGUGGCGACGCCACUCGGGGCCGCCGGCCCGAUUAUCGAGGCUGCCGCGCAAAGUUCCACCUGGGCAGCCGCGGCCCCCCUGCCGAGUGCCACUGUGGCGCUCCCGCCCCUCGUUGGCAACCACCCGCCCAAGCGGCCCUGGCGCAAGGAGGAGGACGCCCUCCUUCUGAGGCUGGUCACACAGCACGGCCCGGGCUCCUGGUCUCGCAUCUCGGAGGCGCUGCCGGGGCGGAUCGGCAAGCAGUGCCGCGAGCGCUGGCACAACCACCUCACCCCCGAUGUGAAGAAGGAGAAGUUCACAGCGGAGGAGGACAAGGCAAUCGUCGCGGCGGUCGCCCGGCACGGCACGCGGUGGUGCCAGAUUGUCAAGGAGAUCCCCGGCAGAAGCGACAACGCGAUCAAGAACCGGUGGAACGCGCUCACGCGCAAGCUGCAGCGGAUGCGGCGGCGAGAGGCGCAGCGGGAGAGUGAGCGGGAGAGGGCUGCGGCGACGGGCCGCUCGGGCGAGCAGGAGCUGGGCGGGCAGCUGGGCGGGCCGCCGGCGGCGCAGCAGAUGCUCGCGAGCCCGAACCAAGCCGCCGAGCUCGCUCGCCAGCUGCUCGCCUCCGGCCUCGACCUCGGCCUGCUCGCGCGCACGCUCGAGGGGCGGGAGCCAGAUCCGGCCUCGGCCCACGCGACCGACCAGCGGCGCCAGGCCGACGCCGCUUUGCUUGUGCACGCGACGCUGACGCACGAGCCUCUGGAGCCUUUGGCCGCCGCGUCCGACGCCGCGGAGGAGGCGACCGGCGGGGCACCGGCCGGCGCGGAGAGCCCGUCGGCAGGGCUCGGCUUGCUCUUGGCUGCCGGCGGUGAAGACGGCGACGGCGACGGCCCCGCGGUGCCUCCGCACCCUUCUCCCCGAGCGGUUGCGGUGGUGGCGUGCCUGGGCGCUUUGUCCGGAGGAGCGCCCCCCCGUUUUCUCUUCGAGAUGCCGUCCCCCUCCGCCGCCUGCUCCACCUCCUCCUGAGAGCUUUUUUCUGGCGCGAGCAGGGAGCAGGGAGAGGGGCCAGUCUAGAUACUUUCGAUGUCUCGAGCGAGGUCACGCGACACAGCACACACCUCGACACGACACACGUGUACAAACGAUGAGCCGGUGUACCGUGUACGGUGUACGGUGUACGGACCGACGGCGACGCGCGACACUCGACGUCAAUAGUUCUAGUUUCUAGAAAGUGUA